AUGGCACUGCUGAAAGUCAAAUUCAAUCAGAAGAAACGGGUAAAACUAGCACAGGGACUAUGGCUCAUGAACUGGUUUUCGGUGUUUGCUGGAAUCCUUGUUUUUAGCAUGGGAUUGUUCCUCAAAAUUGAGCUCCGGAAGCGAAGCGAAGUGAUGGACAAUUCUGAAAGCCACUUUGUGCCCAAUUCUUUGAUAUUGAUGGGUAUAUUAUCCUGCGCCUUCAAUGGUUUUGCUGGAAAAAUUUGUUACGAUUCUCUGGAUCCCGCUAAAUUUGCCAAGUGGAAGCCUUUGCUGAAACCUUAUCUGGCACUGUGCUGCGUCUUUAACAUGCUCCUUUUCUUUGUGGCUCUGAUUUGCUUUCUCAUGAGGGGCUCCCUGGAGAGCACCCUGGCCCAGGGGCUCAAGAACGGCAUGAAGUUCUACCGGGACACGGACACCCCCGGAAGGUGCUUCAUGAAGAAGACCAUCGACAUGCUGCAGAUUGAGUUCAAGUGCUGUGGCAACAACGGCUACAAAGACUGGUUCGAAAUCCAGUGGAUCAGCAACAGAUAUCUGGACUUCAGCUCCAAAGAAGUGAAAGACCGGAUCAAAAGCAACGUGGACGGGAGGUACCUGGUGGACGGCGUCCCCUUCAGCUGCUGCAACCCCAGCUCCCCCAGGCCCUGCAUCCAGUACCAGGUCACCAACAACUCUGCCCACUACAGCUACGACUACCAAACCGAGGAGCUCAACCUGUGGCGCCGCGGCUGCCGGGAAGCGCUGCUGAACUACUACAGCGGCAUGAUGAGCUCCAUGGGCGCCGUCAUCCUCCUCGUCUGGCUCUUCGAGAUGUCGGUGAUGGUUGGCUUGCGCCUUCUGCACACCUCCCUGGAAAGCAUUGCCAAUCCCGAAGACCCCGAGUGCGAGAGUGAAGGGUGGGUCCUGGAGAACAGCCUGAAGGACACUUUCAAAUCCGCGCUGGAGAACUUGAAAAAGCUGGGUAAGUUCAACCAGGUGGAAGCAGGAGCCGAAGGGGCCGAAGGAGAGGAAGGCGGGAAGACGCCAGCCAUCACUACAGUCAGUUGAGCUGCUCAUUGAGGUGGACUUUUUCUCAGAGAAAAAUAACACAAACUGAUAAUUGUGAAUAUAUCUACAUCUUAAAAGCUAUGUAUCAACCACCAGAAUACACAGUUCUACGCAUGUUCACUUUUGUACAUGGGAGCAUACAACAUAGUGCACCUUGGGAUAAAACACUUAUCCACAAUGUGAGUACACCAUAUCCAUAUCCUUCUGGGAAUAUGACCCCAACUAGGACUUGCAAUAUUCACAUGUUCCCUUGUCAGAGACAGUUAGUUUAAGAAAAAAAAAAUGUAAAAAAAAUAUUGCAGGCAUCACAAGGCGAUUUAUUCCAUCUUAUUUUGAAAUUAAAAGUGGAAUUUGAAAAGUUAUUAUUUUUUGCUCAAGUUGUUUCAUCAGCAUACUUUCUGUACUUCAGCUUUUAAGGACAAACAGAUUGGGUUUCUGGAGAGUAACAUGAUAGAAUUCAAAGAAAGAAGGAUUUCCAGAAUUGUAUAUAACUUAGUAUACAGGUAUUUUGACAAACCUCUCAUAUGUGAUUUUUGUUAAUGUGCUAAGCAAUGGUAUUUUCUGCUGUAUUCUUAAGACACACAUAGAACAAGAUGCAAACUUAUGCUGAGAAUUUAUGUACUAAGCAAAAAUUGUAAUUUAAUGAAGCAGCCCAGCAUCAUAAAAACAACAUUCAGGUAAGAUUGAGGGGGUUUAUUUCUCAGGGUUUUUUUGCAGGCUGUAUAUCUGGAAUAUAUGUGUUGUAGACUUAUGCUUCACCUUGUAUUUAAAUUCUUUGCAGAAGCUUAGAAGAUUCAUCUUUUAGUGGGUGAAAUCCAGGCUAUGAGCAUGUGCCAGUUAUGGUUACUCUGGGCAUUUCACAGAGUAUGUCAUCCCAUAACUUGCUCCAGAAUAUUCAAGCACAACUAUAUUUAAGGCAAGAAAAAGACAAACCCAAAUCUAGAGCCAAAUCCAGGCCAGUUAGAACUCACACAUUAAAUGUUUUCCAGGGGCCUAGAAAGUGGAUACCAUUCAUCCACAAGUACUUCAAGCCUCACCCUUUCAGGCCAGGGAAAACUGAGUUUAAAUCAAUCCCCAACAUGCAAAUUUUACUUUAUCAGUGAGGGGGUACUCCUCAUUAGAUCUUUUACAUCAAAGGGAAGGCACAAUUUGCAGAUGCUGCAUCUCUCCAAACUUAAUGUCAUAGCUGG